AUGAACCACACCAUCUCACGCGUGCACUGCUCCGAACGACAUAAGGUCCUGCACCUAACGCGAGCGCAAGGCACAAGUGUGUUCUCUGGUGGUGGCUGUUCACGUGGUAUCGCACCGGCCCCCAUUGUAGUUGAUGGACAAGAUGGGUGCAGGGAUAUAAUUACGAGUAUCAGACGCAAGUCGAUGGUUGAUGCUUGGAGGAAAGCCAUCGGAUACCUUGCUAACAACGUCCUUCGAGCUGAGACUUUGGGUCCAUAUGAAGUUAGAAAUGCCGCUGAUGAUGAGCUGAGCUCACUGUAUCGAAACUUUAUGGCCAAGCAGGGAUCCAAGUACUGCAGCUUGCAGUGCAGGUGCAAUCUCGCUCCUGGGUUCUGGUUCUGGGGAAGAGCUGAUCCUCAUCUAGUCCCUGGGGAGCAUUUGUCCCUGGACGUGGUGGAGUCUAAAUGUGAAAGGAAAGUUGCAUCAACUAGGUCGAACCCUUUCAAGACGUGUGCGGCAUGCACGGAUGCCACUCUGUGGCCUUGUCGCAACGCAAUUAAACGCCUUGUGUGGGCGCUCUCACCCACGCCCUUAGUUUCUCGCCCAGCUGGAUUGACUGACUAUUACUGUAGUGGACCGGCGCAUGCUCGACUGAAAUCAGUUCAUGGCCUUGGACUGGCUGCCGGGGAAUUUCUUAUGCUUACUGAACACGUCGCGUUGAUCAUCCACGGCACACUGCUUCAAUGCUACCGGAUCUUGCAAGUAAGGAGCCGCAAGUGCACCAUGAAACAGAUGUGCCUUGACCUAAGAACGGUAGGGCUGAGUUCACGAUACCACGUUAACGUGCCGAGUUUGUGGCACAAAGAUGGAAAGUUUGUAAUUGAACAGCUCAUAUUCGGAUCCUGGUUUGUUUCAGGUUGCUGCAAGACGAUCAGUAUCCCAAAAGGGACUACCGACCGGAAAAGCAGGGCCAAAACCACGCCAACUGCUUCCUUGACCCCUAAACCCGGAAAGAUGUGGACCUUGGUCUUUGAGACAGCAGGGGGCGGGACCCAUCGGCAGCCAUCGUGGACAACGCUAAAACCGAAUACCAGCAGGGGAAGCCAAUCGACUCAGCUCUCUGAGCUCAUGACGCUGUGGGUGUUCAACUGCCGCGAUCUGCUGGCGCGUUGCAACGUGUGCGCUUACGAUGCGUUUGAGGAACCCGUCACCAGUGUCCGUCUGUCACGUCCCAUAACUGGUCAAGUUUAUGAAACAUUCUGGCAGUAUCCAGGUCAUUAUUUGCCAUGGCUUUACUAUCGAAAUUGCUUGAAUCCGGAAACGCCGCUUGUCCGGAAUGGAGCCAUCUGCCACCCGCUCAACGUUGCUCUCAAGCCGACAGAUGCAAUGGGCUGCCAGAUCUUAAAAAUCGCCGUGGCCGUCUGGGAUGGUUACAUCGACUGGCUGGCGACAGGACAGGGUACUUGGAGACGAGCAGCUACCGUUGGGAUGGCGUCUGGGCGGCGCGAGCUUGGCAGCCUUGUUGAGGCAGCCUUCAAUAUAGUACACAGCAGCCAUUGUCGAGGUUGGUUGGACAUGCCAGACUUCAGUACAGACGGGCGCUCAGCGAAUAGGCAAGAGAGGUGA